AUGUCCUCCCCAGUUCCCCCUCCCCCCUACAAGGUCGUGCUUUUGGGAGACUCAUCGGUGGGAAAGACCUCUUUGGUCACUCGCUUCACCACCAGCAGGUUCAACCAGCACACUGCAAAUACAAUUGGCGCUGCUUUCAUAACAAAAGAACACUCGGUUGAUGACCGCAAGGUCCAUUUCGAAAUAUGGGAUACUGCUGGCCAGGAACGCUACCGUUCAUUGACUCCGAUGUACUACAGAAAUGCCAGGGUGGCCUUGGUAUGUUUUGAUAUGGAUAAUGUGGAAGAAAGUCUCAAUACUGCCAAGUACUGGAUUGAUCAGUUGGCAGUGAAUGGAGGAACGGAUUCCUCGGUUCCAAUACGCAUAAAGCUCGUUGGCAACAAGCGGGACCUUUUACAGACCCAUGAGGAUACUCGUCGGCAGGAGGAGCAGGAGGCAAUUGAGGGUUUCUGCAGUGAAAACGAUUUAGAGCAGCUUUGGGAGACCAGUGCAAAAGAUGGACAUGGAGUGAAUGAGUUGUUUGAUGGCAUCGUGAAAGACAUUGAGGAAGACUUCUUUACGGAGUAUUACCAGAGGGCUGAGGAUGCCAGGGGCAGAUCAGAUAGUCUGGGACAGCUAGGAUUCAUUUUGAAUAGGCGUGAAGCAAACAACAAUUGCUGCUGA